AUGGUUCUUGCUGGGUCAUAUUACUAUAGUAUCUGUACGAAUAUGGAGGCAGAAAUACAGGCUUUACUAAGUGGUCUUGUUCUCUUACAAGAAUAUGGGUUACAGGAUUAUGAGUUAAUCAUUGAGACUGAUUCCAAGAUGCUAGCAGAUAUGAUCCAGUAUACAUAUCAUGAAGGAAACAAAGUUGCAGAUUCACUUGCAAAUAAAGGUGUAUCAGAUAUGCAGUCUAUCACAUAUGAGUCUACAGAGAGUAUCCCUAUGCAAAUGAAAUUACUUAUGAUGCAUGACGUGGAGGUUUCUCAAAGGGACUCAGAGGAUGAUUCUCUCAUCGACAAUGCAGAAGUCUGUUCAGAGGUUUUGGUCUAUUUUGGCUUAAGCAUCUGUUCAGAUUCCUUAUCUGAUAGGCUAUUCAAUCUGAAAAUAGAUGAUGUGGCCUAUCAACGGUUCUGUUCCCUUAUCAGAUAG